AUGUUUCUCUAUCAGUUGUUGUCUUCUAUUUCUUGUUGGAAAGGCCUCAAGAACGGUAACGACCUUGAAAGUUGGAAGUUGCAUUCAUCAAUGGCGUCAGAAAAACCUAACCAGAGAAAAUCCCUGUACCCAGAGGCAAUCGAUUCGAAUCCCGAAGCACCGUCCCCAUUCCUUUCGAACCCCCAACGUUCCACCUCCUCUCUCUACCCCACCGUCGAUGUCAGCGACCUCGUCGAAGACCUGUUUCCUGACAAUGCCACCGAGGAAGUCCUCAUCAAGGUCCCCGGAGCCAUCCUCCACCUCAUCGACAAAGACUACAGUGUUGAGCUCGCCUGCGGCGAACUCACUGUCAUGUGCCUUCGCCAGAACCAGAAUGUUGUCGCCGUCUACGCUUGCGUAGGAGACGAGAUCCAAUGGCCGCUGGCGAAGGAUGAGGCCGCUGUCAAGGUCGACGACUCACAUUACUUCUUUUCCCUCCGUGUCCCCAGGCAAGAGGAAGAGUCCUCCUCCUCAAGCGAUGAGGAAGGAAAAGAAGCAAAGUCUCAUAGUCGCCGUAAGGACCGGAAUUCCGGAACUGGCGUGUUAAGCUAUGGAUUGACGAUUGCGUCGAAGGGGCAAGAAGAUUUGCUGAAGCAGCUGGAUAAGGUGUUGGAGGAAUGUAGUGGCUUUUCUGUGCAGAAGGUGUCGGAGAAGGCAAAGAAGAAGGGGGAGGCUUUGGAUGGUUCGGUAGCGUUGGAGACAUCGCCAGCGGAUUUGAAGACAGGGAAUGAGAAGAAGGAGUUGAUGGAGGAGAUGUGUGCGGCAUAUUGGACCACAUUGGCUCCUAAUGUGGAGGAUUAUAGUGGAACUGCUGCAAGGCUUAUUGCUGCCGGUUCUGGACAGUUGAUUAAGGGGAUUUUGUGGUGUGGCGAUGUGACGGUGGAGCGGUUGCGGUGGGGAAAUGAGGUCAUGAAAACGAGGAUGACAUCCACUUCACAGGAACAGAUUAGUCCUCAAGCCUUAGCGCGGAUCAAGAGGGUUAAGAAAGUGACUAAAAUGACAGAGAAUGUAGCAAAUGGGGUCCUCACUGGUGUUGUGAAGGUCUCAGGAUUUUUCACUAGUUCAGUGGCAAAUUCAAAAGCGGGAAAGAAAUUCUUCAGCCUUCUACCAGGCGAAGUUGUGCUUGCAUCAUUGGAUGGAUUCAGCAAAGUGUGUGAUGCUGUUGAAGUAGCAGGAAAAAGUGUCAUGUCAACAUCAUCCACUGUGACAACCGACCUUGUCUGUCACAGAUAUGGAGAAGAAGCUGCCAAGGCAACAAGUGAAGGACUGGAUGCUGCUGGUCAUGCUGUGGGUACUGCAUGGGCUGCUUUUAAAGUUCGGCAGGCUCUUAAUCCUAAGAGUGUUAUAAAACCUACUGUCCUAGCCAAAUCUGCAGCUAAAGCUGCUGCUACAGCUGCUGAACUUAAGGCUAAAAGGUCCAAGUGA